UGUAGUCUGUGGAGUGUGGAAAGUGUGGCCCUAUGAAGUAUGAGUCGACCGGUUGCAGUCGUUCCACCAGACUGACUUUUGUUUUUAGUGCAACGCUUAACCCGUUCAACCUAAAGUGUAUGAAGAUUCGGUGAAUAAUGGGUGACACAUCGUUGAACAACCCUGGAGAAAAUUUAGUCAAUCAAGAUGAACUCAUCCUUCAACAACAAAGGAGCAUCGAGAAAGAGAUAUCUGAAUCGAUACCUCUGGUGGGCGAAAAGGAAUCACUGAAGAGCCUGGAGAGGGAGUACGAGGAGGAUGAGAUUUAUCUGUCAAAGGCCAGGGCACUUGGCCAAAAGUAUUCCUACAUUAGAAGAACUAGGCCCGAUGGUAAUUGUUUUUUUCGUGCAUUCAGUUAUGCUUAUCUCGAGAGACUGAUACAGAAUAAAGAUGAGUAUAACAAGUUUCGUGAGCUUGCAUCAAAAAGCAAGGACAAUUUAGUUGCACUGGGAUUUCCACAGUUUACGGUGGAGGACUUUCAUGAUACGUUUAUGGAAGUCAUUGAAAAGGUCGGGGAUGGCACCGAGGCCAGCAGCACUGAAUUACAUAAAUUCUUCAAUGAGCAGGGUUACUCAGAUUAUAUUGUUGUUUAUCUUAGAUUAAUAACCUCUGGUCAAUUACAAAAGGAAGCAGAUUUUUACCAGAAUUUCAUUGAGGGGGGCAGGACUGUCGUUGAAUUCUGUCAUCAGGAAGUGGAGCCAAUGUACAAGGAGUCGGAUCACAUCCAUAUCAUCGCAAUGAGUACAGCCCUCGGUACGGGUGUACGUGUACGCUACAUGGAUCGUGGAGCUGGAACAGAAGUGACGGCCCACGACUUUCCAGAGGGUUCAACGCCAGCUGUACAUUUACUAUAUCGUCCAGGUCACUAUGACAUUCUAUAUCCCUGAUGAUUAUCCUAGUUGCAGUACUUCUCGAUGUAUACAAGUCUGCAUUCAUUUUACAGAUAAUAAAAUAAAUUUUUUUCCGCAUAAA